ACAGCCCCUCUCCAAACUCCCGAAGUGACGUCAGAACACGUGAUGCUCCUUUCUUCCUCCUCUCCCGACUUCCCCUUCUCCCUCGCGUGCCAGCGAUCGGCAGCGAGAGCACAGAACGCACCAGGCGCGCCGCGUACUCGUCGACUCCGGCACCGUCGGUGCCGUACCGCGCUCCCGCAGCGCCGAAUGUCGACCGCCCCGACGCCAGACACGCGCGCUCCGCCCGGUCGAAGGCGUGAGCAGCAGCACCCCGGCACCACCACCGUCGCCGCCGCCGCCAACGCCCGUAGCUGACUUGAACGGCCGGGCGGAGGGGAGCUGCUCCGAUGCGAUCGGUGUGAAAGUUCGCAACAGGAAACGCGUCGGAUCGAGGAUGUAGCGAGUCAGAGAGACUGGUCAGUCAGCACAAAGGCCGCGACGAACACGGGCAGAGGGAGGAGAGAGAGAGGAGGUGGACCCAGCCAUGCUGACCGCCGCCAGCCUGGAGUCCCUGCUUCUGCAGAUGCUGGACCGGCUGGACUCGCCGUCCCCAGCCGGCGGUCGCCACCGAGGACGCCAACGCGGCGGCGGGCGCUGCUCGCUUCGCGCCGAGAUCCGGACGCUUGACCUGUGGCGCGCCGUGGUGGGCGAGUGCCUGGCCACGUUCUUCUACGUGUUCCUCGUGUGCGGCGCGCACGUGUCGUGGCCCGGAUACGCCGAGCCCUCGGUGCUGGCCAUCUCGCUCGCGACUGGAGCCGCGGCGGCGGCGGUGGUGCAGUGCUACGCGCGCGUCUCCGGCGCCCACAUGAACCCGGCCGUGACGCUCGCGGCGUUCGCGACGCGCAAAGUGAGCCCGCUGCGCGCCCUGCUCUACGUGACGGCCCAGUGCGGCGGAGGCAUCGCGGGAGCGGCGCUCCUCUAUGGCGUCACACUUCCGGGACACCGGAGUUCUCUGGGAAGCAGUCGUCCCCACGAGGCACUGGGAGCCUGGCAGGCGUUCGGCGUCGAGUUCGUGCUCAGCUUCCUCCUCGCGUCCACGGUGUUCGCGACAAGGGACCCCCACCGAUGCCACCUGUCCACGGGAGGCGCGGACGCCCUGGUCGUCGGGUUCGCCUACCUCACCUGCACCCUGGCCGGGCUACCGGCUUCAGGAGCUUCACUGAACCCUGCUCGUUCUCUCGGUCCUGCAUUUGUCAUGAACAAAUGGAAAAACCAUUGGGUGUACUGGUUCGGGCCCGUGGCCGGAGGCCUGUUGGCCGGUCUCAUCUACGAGUAUAUCUUCGACACGAAGAGAUCAAGCCGGGAUGUGGGAAGGCGAAGCGUCGAAGACGCCGACAAAGAGUACCGGCUGGAGGACGACUACGAGGACCCAUCCAGUGCAAAGAGCGCAAAGUACGCGACCGUCUCGCAGAGCCUAAACGGAGGAGUGGCCUCUGGGAGCACAGCACGGCAUGCUCGCGCAGCGAAGGCCGUCCGCCAGCAACAACAACAGCAGCAGCAGCAGCAGCAGUACGAGGCCGGCUGCUUCGGCCGGCCCGCCGCGAACACCUACUCGCCCACGCCGUCCCUGGCCUUCCCGUCUUCCACCGAGGCGGCCUACGCGAGCACGCUCGCAGCCGCAAACUGCACUGCACAGAUCUACGACCUGGAGAUGCCUUCCGGUCACUUUCGGCGCGCCUGGAGUACAGACAAGGACCUCGACCUUCAGGACUCCAAGUUGUAUAUAUAAUGUACAGUGCCAGCGCGAUGUAUUGGAGCGGAUAAGAUGCCUGUUGUUCCAAAGAAAACCCCGACGAAGACGUAGGAAGUGCAUGAUCCGCGAACGUUCUCAUGAACAACGAACCAGUUUAUUUCACGGGGUACAGCGUGAAGCCAUCACCGGGGAUGAUGAGCCGCAUCGAAGGCCUUCGUUAGUCAAAGGAAGCAGUUCUUCACUCAGGACACUACGUGGCUCCAAUACAAUGUUUAGAGGUUUUUGUUUUUGGUGUGCUCUCCAGUUGAAGAAAGGAUCGUUCCACGGGAUCCAGUGAACGCACGCGAUGAAUGCAAAGCCCAAGCUUUUCACUGAGGUCAUCUGCAAGACGACCAGAAGGCUUACGCUCCCGUCGUAUCGUUUUCGAUUCCUCGGCCCCUCGACGAAUAGUGUGCGCUGUGCGGCAAAGUGUAUAACUGGAAGACUUAGUGAGUGAAGUGCACAGAGUACAUGGGAAGUGACUCGACGCCUCCCCUUUGACAUCAGUGUGCUGUUUACAGUGUAUCAUCGACGUAUUGUAUCAAGAACGCGAUGUCGUGUCACCGCGCCCGGAGACAGAGGCGAAAAUAUGAGUUGCUCACGUGGCUUCCGACGCUAUACCGCUGUGUUUACGAACUAUUUCCUCCGAGCUGUCAAUCAGACUACCAGUGCGACGUCAGCUCCGAACAAGCGUGGUAUCAAUACUCAGUGACAGUCUAAAAAAUUUGGUGCUCAAGCUUUGCCCACAGAACCGCAGGGCACCUGACCCGUGUGCACACGCGCUUCGAAGCCAUAGUUAACUUGAUUGAUGGAUUUUAUUGGCUCAAAGGCCACAUUCACAAAUUUCAAAGAGCACCAGAGUCAUGAUGUCGAAGCCUAGUUCUCGAGAGAGAUCCUAAUACCGAAUGAAGUUCACCUCCCCGCUGUGACGUCAUUGAAAUGAGCGAACGUAAUUGGCUGGCGCAUCUACACAAUUUCUCUAAGCUGGACAGAUUCCUAGGCUGUCACCGAAUAUAGAUUUACUACAUUAUGCAAACGUGCGUGACACAUGCACAUAUUGUCCAACUGGAACCCUGUAAUAUCAGAAACGUAACACUUUGUUGGGACAUGUGCACGCAUUUCUUUUUAAUAUUUUUUUUAUAAAUGCAACAUUUAGGUUUCAUUUGAAGCCUAAUUCGAAUUACUGAGUGCACAUGCCGAACCGUCACUGACACACAUAUCCAUUUACGUCCACGCAAUAGAUGUGGCCACGUUAAUGGUAUAGUUAAGAUCUGUUUGAAAAGAAGCAAGUGCGGUUGCUUUAUACUUUACAGCGUUCUCUGGCUAGCGUUCCUCGAGUCGCGCCCAUCAGGAUUCGAAUUUAUCGUUUUCGUGACACGUGCUACGCCAUUCAACGCCGAACUUGAAGCGGCGCUCAGAGACCUCGGAUGUCCCACCCCCGUGAACGUUAGCUCAACGCCCACCGUACCCGACCGUUAUCCAGACUACGCACGAAACUUUUGUGGGACUGCGUGAAAUGCAGCGAAAAGAGCCGAAACCCUACCCUGUACCCAUCACUGGUAACCUCAAUUCAGUGCAAUACAGAGACUUGCCUACAGACUCACCUGUGCUUCAGGCGUUCAUAACCACCUGCAGCGUUCAACCUUGGUGUUCAACUGUUUCAUCAUGCAGCUGUGCUGGUUUUGCACUGUAAUCUCAUUGAGAAAAGCCAACAUUUUUACCCUUGUGACGGCCAUUUUUUUACCUUUCUUUUAGUCUCAUUUGUUUUUGUUUUUUUCUAUAUUUGUUUUACUUUAAAAACAGAACAUACCUCGCCCAAGUUGUUGUUAACUUAUUCACUGCUAGACGCCUCCACAACAGUUGGUGACACCUUUCAGCCUAACACUGGAUGAAUAGGUGUGUGGGGAGUCGCUACUGUUCUCUUCUUUUUUUAAUUCGCGGAGGUAACACUCCAUACAAUAGUAGAAAACCACAGUGCAGCCGAGAGUGAGUAAGAACUGACUUUUCAUUAAUAAAUUGGCUCUAGUUCCAAACGGCGUCUAUAUUGUUUUUCUGAAGAUGCAUUGUUCGUCUUUGCUUCCCUUUCUUUAUUUUUUCUUUUAACGCAAUGCGUCAUUGUAUAUGACCAAUAUGCUGAAAAAGUCAAACAAGGAAGCAUUCAGCGCAUCUCUGCACCGAUGAAAAUUCAUGGAAGCGCGCCCACUGCUUGUAAU